AUGGCCGUUGCUCCAAUCGCCACCUGCCGCCGGUCUCUCCAUUCACCCGUCGGUCGUCUGUUUCGGGCGUCGGUCCAACACCAGCGAGAAAGAGAGAAGGGGGCCAUCGCGGCAUCCCUUGCCCUUCUUCUGGUGGCCGUUGAUCCACGGGUGUCAUUUUCAGGCUCAACGCUCCAACUCUGGAAAUCCUGCAAUCGAUCGUCGUUUCUAGAGACGUCUUCUUCCUGGUCGCCAUCGGUCGCCCUCGAAAAUGCCUCGUCAAAGCCUACCGAGGAGGAGAAGCUGUGCGUCCCUAGUUUUUUUAUCUGCGCCUUUCCUCUUGCUGGCGAUGCCGAGGUCAUCGAUUUUUCCUUCUCCUCCUCCUUGCAAGCUUCCUCUCGAUCUGUUGCCUAUUCCCCUAGUAAUGUUGCUAGUUCCGAAUCUGCACGAUAUUGUUGCAGAACUGUACUAGUGCCUGCGCCAACACAUGUAAGAUUUAUCAAAAAUUCAUCCCCAGCCUUCUCAGCUAGCCGGCCCCUUGAAUGUCUGUGCAUGUCUCGGCAUCAAUUUUUAGUUCAUCAAAAUACCGUCGUGAUGGUGUCCAUCAAGCCUGCGUUGACUACAUCCGUCUGCAAACGACGGAAUGCUGCUCAAUUGGCUUCAUUCAAGUUACCGAGAACAUGUUUACAUGUAAUCAAGGAAAUAGGGAACAGUUUGCGUGUACCAGGGGCAGUCCUGACUAAUGUUGUUCUGAUUUUUGGACCUAGAGCUUCGUUGACGUUGGAUGGUUCAACAUUUAGUUAUGAGACAAAAAAACAUGGCAAACAUACAUGGUGCUGCUGUCUGAUCGGAUGGUAUAACUGAUUUGGGGUGAUGAUGUAGCUGAAUUCAAACCAGAGAGCUUCUUAAUAGAAGUUUCAAAUGACUCAGUGCAUCCGGCGUUCUUUCCAUUCAGUUCAGGUCCCUGUAUAUGCCUUGGUCAGUCAGUUGAGAUUAGUUUUUGUGUCUAUUAUUUUUUCUUUGUUUCUGUGUCAUUUAAGGAAUUAAUGCUAAUCGUUCUUAGGGUAGUGGGGAUGUGAGGAUGCACAGCAAAACCAGCAACAAAAUUGUUUUCCUGUAAUAUACAUAUUAUAAAGCGAGAGAGGGAAUGAACUCAAAAAAAAAAAAAAAGGAAAAGUGGGGAAAGAGGAAGGGUGAAGGGAAAGGAGGUGAAAGUGAUUUCAAUGUCUAGGAAGGGCUCUUGUGGUCUCAUUCAGGCUGGUCAAGCGUAACUGAAAAUUUCAGACCUAUAUAGGUUCAAAAUCACAUUCAACAACUGAGAUGGCAAUUGAUAAUUUGACACAUUCAAGAACAGAAAAAGUGAACAUAAAAAAGUCAGUAUUCUUAUGGGUCUUUUCUGGACAUGGUUUAUGUUCUUUUGCUAAGGUUAUGUCAACAAACACUAUGCUUAUAACAACUUAUCAGAAUCACAAACUUAAAGCAAAAACAUGCCAAAAUCUGGCACAUUUUUUCAUAAUUCUGUUGUGACAGUUUAGCUGUUGUAAGUUGUAACUGAUUUGAGAUUCAGAUGACAUCAGCUCUAAAAGUAUUCUAUAUUGGGAUUAAAUGGGUUUGUUUCAAGGAAGUUCAAAUAUUAACUCAUUUGCAUACAGAAUGUUCAGAUAGUCCAAGUCAGUUCAGCCAUAAAUUUUACAGAAUUCAUUGGCUCAGAUACUAAAACAGGUUUCAGAAAUGUGUCCAGUAUAAAACAUAUAUAGAUAUGCAUAAACCUUGGGUUUGGGUCAGUGACCA